GUUCGGGUUACAUGAUACAGGCUCUUUCCGAAAAUUCUGGUGGUUCAUGGUUUUAAACCCUAACUCCACUUUUUCUCAGGCGAAUUGAUAUUGAAUGAGCCAAUAAGGUGCACCGCCACCAACCCACUUCGCCCGCUUAUGUGACUCGCCCUUUGCUUUGAAAUCAAAGUAGGAAUUUCACCGCAGACCUCAAAGGAGCCCCAGUCCCUCUCUGCUCCUUCGUCGACAUCAUCUUUCCAACAACAACCAUACCCUCAUCUUACGAUAAAUUUCAUCAAGAAAAUCGUUCAAGAUGGCGCGUCGUCCGGCAAGAUGUUACCGAUACUGCAAGAACAAGCCGUAUCCCAAGUCUCGCUUCAACCGUGGUGUCCCCGACCCUAAGAUCCGUAUCUUCGAUCUUGGCCGAAAGCGUGCGACCGUCGAUGACUUCCCUCUCUGCAUCCACCUCGUCUCCAACGAGUAUGAGCAGCUGAGCUCCGAGGCUCUGGAAGCCGCCCGUAUCUGCGCCAACAAGUACCUCGUCAAGACCGCCGGAAAGGAAGGUUUCCACAUGCGUGUCCGAGCUCACCCCUACCACGUCGUCCGCAUCAACAAGAUGUUGUCUUGCGCUGGUGCCGAUAGACUGCAGACUGGUAUGCGUGGUGCCUGGGGUAAGCCCAACGGCACUGUUGCCCGUGUCAACAUCGGUCAGAUCAUCCUGAGUGUCCGAACUCGUGAUGCUAACCGUGCUUUCGCCCUUGAGGCCCUCCGACGAUCUCAGUACAAGUUCCCUGGCCGACAAAAGAUCAUCAUCUCCAAGAACUGGGGUUUCACUCCUCUCCGACGUGAGGAGUACCUCGAGAAGAAGGCUGCUGGCCGUGUCAAGGUUGACGGUGCCUACGUUCAGUUCCUUACCAACCACGGUAACCUUGCACAGAACAUCAAGCGUUUCCCUGAUGCAUUCACUGAGUCUGCUUAAAUGGGUUGUUGUGACAAGGAAGCAAAUCUGGGUUGAGGGGACAGGCGUAUAAUGGAUUACCAUAGCACUGCUACAUUGACAGUCAAUUCGGAUCUUGCAUUUACACAAUGACCUUGAUGACUUUGUGACUUGAGCUCUGAGCUUCUGGUAGAUUGAGAAAUUAGUAAAACGUACAGUACGUACCUAGGUAGCUUCUGAAUUGAUUUUGUGAUAUCCCCCGAAUGCUUAUAGUAGAUGUCCUAAUUCCUAUUCAACCCCUUACAAGUACCCACUGUCAAGGGUGCCCAUAUCCUGGCAGAUUGAUGUCUAAACAGCCCAAGAACAGCCCGAGGGCAGCUCAAGAUAUCGACUAGACUGGCCUGAAGUUCCGCAAAAGCCAGCAAACCAUGACUCACCUCUGACUUGGUCAGCCACGUCGUAGACUGAGGUGGUGAACUAGAACUAGUAUCUCUUGAGGGAUGUGACUCUUUGUAGUAGUAGUAACUCUGAAAUAGUUUUCAAGGUAAACGACUGUGGAGUAAAUAUAGUAGCAAAACGAAAACACAUCAUAAAAUGUUGAAUGGAACAGGGCUAACAAGAACGGAGGUCUAUAGCAGGGAUUGAGUAUCGGAAUAUUUUACUAGAGUGGAAAAUACAUUGCGACCAUGCUCACAAUAGCCGCGAAACAGUAAGAUAGAAAGCUUAUUGUGAGUGGUUGGAUGAUCUUUCAGAAAGCUUUAGUGAUUAAUCCAUGACCAUGAUCA